GGAAUAGUGGAAUACGUAUACGUAUAGUUUUAAUGGACAGCAACGACAUUUGCACUUUUCCUAACAGUAACCCAAUUUCUUAUCGAGUUAUCGUAGUUCUUAGAGUCAAAUAAAUACCGACGCAGAUGGGUUACUCGAAUCAUAAUCCUUUUGUUCACAGCCCGCAUUGGACAAUAUUAGGUUUUCUAGUCACUGAAAUAAUCAGUUAAAAGGCACAGAUUACGUCAGACGAUUUCAAGGCAAUAGAGCAUCGCGGUUUGCAUUAUCAUCUUUGUCGCCCUAGGAGGAUGGAGAACCCUGCGUUUGAUUUUCCAGCAACAAUCAGCAAUGAAAAUGGUCCGACAGGAGAAGACGGUGCUGGUAGUUCGAGCGCUUCUCUUGCGUUUCCCAACAACAACCGAUUUAGAAAAAUCAGUCGGGACACUGUUCCCCAUAUUGACAACUACAGGACAACGACAGGUAAUAACAGUAAUGAAAUGUCAAUAACCAGACCAACAUUGCGCGAGCUAUACAACCCAACUGAAAUCAAUGCUGCUGCCCAGCGGCAGGAGUCAUUCGAGGAAGCUUCUCCGGAUGUCGUAAAUCAGGGCAAUUUUACUCACCACAAAUUCGGUUGGAUCGAAGGAGUCUUAAUCCGAAACAUGAUGAGCAUCUGGGGUGUCAUGCUCUUUCUGAGGCUUUCGUGGGUAGUUGGACAAGCAGGAAUAGGCGAAACAUUGGUUAUCAUUGCAAUAUCGACGUUUAUCACAUUGGUGACAGCCCUAUCUAUGUCCGCCAUCUCAACCAAUGGCGAGAUUGGAGGAGGUGGAACUUACUUUGUCAUAUCGAGAAUUUUAGGUCCAGAGUUUGGCGGUUCAAUUGGUAUCAUCUUUACCAUCGCUAACAUAUUGGAUUGCGCUCUCAAUGUGGUCGGAUUUUCACAAGCCGUGCAGGACAUGAUGUUUGAAUACGGCGGAGUGAUUAUUGUCGAUGGAGCCACCAACGACAUCCGUAUCAUAGGCACCGCUACUUUGAUAUUUAUUUGCUCAAUCUGCGGGCUGGGAGCCAAAUAUGAAACCAAGAUGAAGGAUGCCAUGUUUAUUGUUAUGUUGAUUUCGUUAAGUAAUUUUAUUGUUGGAAGCAUCAUGGGACCUACUUCCGAGUCGGAAGAAGCAAGAGGUUUCAUUGGAUACAGUAUCGAUUUGCUGAACGAGAACUGGGGCCCAUCUUACACCAUAACUGGUGGUCAAAUGCAGAACUUUAUUUCCGUAUUCUCAGUUUACUUUCCGGCUAGUAUUGGAAUUCUUGCCGGAGCAAACGUUUCCGGUGACUUAAAGAAUCCAAAUAAAGCUAUUCCAAAAGGAACGAUAUUGGCCAUCAUAAUUUGCAGUAUUUCGUACGCUGGAGUAGCUAUCAUUUGUGCCGCCACCGUUACUCGUGCAGCAACUGGAAUCGUCGAGGAUCUGCAAAACGGUACCAACCUAUACUGCAACGAGACACACUCAUGCAAUUAUGGACUUUAUUACGACUAUCAAGCGAUGGCUUUGGUCUCUGCCUAUGCUCCUCUCAACUACGUGGGAUGUUUCGCGGCCACCUUGAGCUCAGCCCUUUCUGAUUUCUUUUCUUGUCCGGCUUUACUCGAAGUCAUCGCCGCCGAUAAGCUGUACCCCUACUGGAUGAUUGGUUUCUUAGGAAAAGGCUACGGAGCAACGAAGCAACCGCUUCGCGCAUACGCUUGCACAUUUAUCCUAGCGUUAGCGUUCGUGCUGAUUGCCGAAUUGGAUAUGAUCGCGUUGCUGAUUUCGAAUUUCUUUCUCGCCACGUUUGCUCUCAUGAAUUUCUCGACGUUUCACGUCAGCUUAAUCAAACCCGUCGGAUGGCGACCAACGUUUAAGUAUUACAACACAUGGCUGAGUCUGUUGACGGGUAUUCUGUCUAUCGCCUCAAUGAUGCUUAUAAGUAUUCCGAUAGCAAUGAUUACGAUUGGAGUAGUAAUUUUUUUCUACUUCGUCGUUCUUUAUCGAAGUCCAGAGGUAAAUUGGGGAUCUUCCACCCAAGCUCAGACAUACCGCAUCGCUCUAAAUAGUAUUCAACAACUUGUCCAUAUCGAAGAACAUGCCAAGAACUAUAGGCCCCAGAUUCUGGUGUUAACCGGACUGCCCAACACGCGCCCCGCUCUAGUCGAUUUCGCAUAUCUCAUCUGCAAGAACAACUCGCUAAUGAUUUGUGGACAUGUUGUCAAGGAGCGAUUGACGCAUGAAACGCGCUCCAAGCUCCAGAACAAGGCUUAUCGCUACCUGCGGUUCACCAAAAUCAAAGGAUACUUCUCUAUUACUGAUAACACGGAUUUACACACAGGCGUGACCGCUAUGCUCAGUCUCUCGGGAGUGGGCAAGGUCAAGCCCAACAUUCUGAUGAUGGGAUACAAGAAUGAUUGGGCAACUUGCGAUCGAAAUUCGUUGGAACAAUACGUGUUGACUAUUCACACGGGAUUUGAAAUGAAUGUGGCCGUGACUAUUCUACGUCUCAAAGAAGGGCUCGAUUGCACGGAAAUUUUAGCCGACGUCGACGACAUGAUAUUGAAAGCUACUAAUAAAAAAAUCAAGGAGAAAAAAGAUACUCCUGCAGGAAAUGCUGCUACAGUGGAAACUACAGUGGAAGUUAUAGCAUCUACUGCUGCCAUUAUCCAAUCGAAAAUCAAGUCCACUAAAGAAGGAGGUGUCAUGACGAAAAAUAAGAAAAAGGACAGUGAGAUGGAGCAAAAUCUCGCCUUUAGAGACACUGCCGGAAAGCCCCUGCCUAAAAGCGUACUGAACAAUAUCAUCAUAUUCCAAAGAAAACAGAAAAAGAAUACGAUCGACGUUUGGUGGCUAAGUGACGACGGGGGAUUGACACUCUUGCUGCCGGUCAUAAUCAACAACCGCACGAACUGGGCCGCCACUAAAUUGCGCAUUUUCUGUACAGCGUGUGGUCUUAACGAACUAGAAAAAAAUCAGAGAGGGAUGGCGAUUUUGCUCUCCAAAUUCCGGAUUGAUUACUCCGAUCUGGUGAUUAUUACUGACGCUGACGAGGCACCGAAAGAAAAAACAAAAAAGUGGUUCGAUAACAUAUUACAGCCUGCGUUACAAUCAGGAACUAAUGGUCCUCUGCUAACGAAGGAGGAACUGGAAGCCUUUCAGUACAAAACAGAUCGUCACCUAAGAUUGAGAGAAUUGCUACUGGAUCACUCAUCGGAUUCCAAUUUGGUUGUCAUGACUUUGCCAAUAACUCGGAAAGGAGAUUUCAGUGCCCCGUUGUAUAUGGCAUGGUUAGAAGCCCUUACGGCAAACAUGCCACCAUUUAUGCUCGUUCGCGGAAAUCAAACUUCUGUGUUGACAUUUUAUUCCUAACUGUUUGCCUGGUUUGGCUAUUGGAAAUUUGCUACGAAAAGGAAAUAUGUAUAUGUUGCAUGUUAUUGACAAAAAAAGGUGAUAAUAUUUGACUUUAAAAAAAUAUUUUUCUUUGCAUACUUUCGUUUCUUUUAUACGUCCAGACGUCCUCUAUGAAUAAGAAUUGCAUAUACAUUUA